AUGGUUCGAUUCAUUGCAAGACUGUGGGCAAACGCGCUACUGCUCAUCACAUUGUGCAACGGCGAAGAUGGCAAAGCUGUCACAGCGCCGGCCAAAACAGGUAAUAGUUGUUUGUCAGCAGCAGGAGUUGUCUUCAAUCUUCCUCCGGUAGUAUGUAGACCAAUGGCCUCUUGUGACCAGAAGGCACUACUAAAACACUACAGUGAGCUACACAGCAAAUGUCGGAUUGACUCAUCGGAACGGCUAAAAGACCGGGAGCUGUUUUUAUUCCGUGCAAAUUAUUGGGUAGACGAUCACAAGUUUUUAUUUGAAUUAAUCCAAAAUUGGCAUCAGCAGCAUUCACUUGUGCUAGAUGCAGAGCAGAUGAUCAGGAGAACAGCUCGACUAGGACAGGAGCUACGCCGUAAGCUAUACAUCUACAGUAUUGAAGCAGGAAGGAUAGAAGAUGCACUGAUGCUACAUGUCACACUGGCCAAUCACUGGACGGCUCAGCAAAUCAUCGAUGCCAUCGCAACAAACCCGAACAUCAAUGAGGUGGUUUGUGUGCACUUAUUAGAGUUUGCACGUUCUAUUCCAGUCAAGACGUAUCGAGCUGAGCUCUAUAAAGCAAUGAAACCUCUUCUUGUUAAGCACAAUUUGAUCAACACUUACGUAGUUUUGCUAUACAGCGCUGAUGCUGCAUCGGUUUUGACCACGCCUAGCGAUAAAGAUGAAUACGUCGUAAAAAUCGUCGGCAAGAUAGUGAGCAGACUUCGAGACCUUUUGAUUGAGGUGAAUUUUGAAGAAAAUCUAUGGAUUGCCGAGCAAUAUCCAGACUACUACUCAUAUCAUAUCGCAACUAUUACGACAUUUAACCGUCAACAAUGGCAUGCUAUGAUAAAGCGAAGAUUCUUCGAAUUCGCCAACAUGUUGCGACCCAAAAACUUACGCUUUCACAUUCUUGAAACAUCUAUAGCACACAUCGAAAUGUAUGAAAAAAACCGAGAGAAACGUCAGCUUAUGUUGUUACCAGUACUGGCCAAAGAGGUCGACAGACUUCGUUCAUUCGUAAUGCAGACGGGCAAACACAAGCAUGAGCUGCAACGGCUCGAAAAACUUGAGAAACGGUUUAACAUGGGAAAGUCGAAAAAUCCUAAUUAUCAAACCUAUCUCAACCACUUCAAGGUUAAUGGCAAGAUGGGAAAAAAGCAUAAAGAGCUUGAACGGCUGGGAUAACUUGAAUGAAAUAAAUAAAAUUACACUUAAACUGAGGAACACUAAAUUUUGCUUUUGAAGCUUUUUA